ACUUUCGACUUUUCGUAACUCCUUCAGUCGCAGCGCCAACACUCGUUUGGAUACGCGUUUAUCAUAGUCGUUCCGCAAAGUAUAGAAUUUCCUAUCGCGUUGACGUUUUUCAAAGAAAACAAAAACUACCGGCAUUUAAAACUCUUAGCAGAAUUUAAAAACGUCAUGCUGAACACGAAUGGUACAAAUAAAAAGUGAAUAAUCCUAGGAGCAAAUUACUCUGAAUUUUCAAGACAUAUCAAAGAAUAAUUAUAAACCUAUUUUUAAAAAAUAAUUUAGAAUAUCCACGUGUUCCAUAAAAAAUUCUUUUAUUUCAAAUUGUCAUGGAUUGUAAGGGUAACUUAAUUUACCGUGUAAGCAAUGUGUAAAUCAGUGCAACAGGUGCAUUCCUAUCUAUGACCAAUGCAUUCCCACUUUCCUCGUCACUCCCAUCCAGCACAUAUCCUGUGUAAAACCAAGAUGCGCGCGACAUUUUAUUUCCCGAUAGAAUAUAUCUGUAUAGGACAAUACAUUUAGCUAUCAAGAAAGCAGACUAGAAAUCUAAUGAAAUUCAUGCACUGAAAAUCCUCGGUAGAUCGACGCAAGUACUGGUGGUUGACAGGUGCAAGUGUCAAAAAUAACUCAUCUAGACGAUUCUGGUAUCUCGAAAAACAAGCACAACCGACCAAUCCGAGUAAGCACCCAAUCGAAAUUGGCAAAAUUGCGCAAUCACGGGAUUCGAAAAAAAUUCAAAAAUAACCGUCAAAAAGAUCCACCUCGAGUUUAUCAAGCAGUUCAAAACGGUCGCCACACAUCAUAAUCGUCUCGCAACUGUACUAAACACUAACGUAACAAGUGAACAAACAAGCUUAUGUAAUUGAAAAAAAAACACCUUAUCUCCCAUUUAUUUUUUAUUCCAUUUUCUUCGUAAACGUACGUUACUUUCAUUCCUUCUCGCAAAUUGACUAGAGUAGUACACAUUCGUAAAACGUAUAAGCUCUCACCUAUAAGCUGGAUUCUUUCGCGUUGGCAUUGACCACAGAUUACUAAUAAUAUGUUGUUCAACACACACGUGACUUUUCUCUAUUAUUUCUAUUGGCCGAACGCUACGGUUAUGCCACGCGAGAGACCACGAACAGUCAAUAGUCAUCCUCAGGAAUUACUACAGUUCGAGGAGUUAUAAAUCGUCCUAACCAAUAGUGCACUGGCAGCUCAUCCACGCGCGAGGCUCAUGAAAACCUAAUAAAGUAUAAUAAAGCAUAAAACUUUGACCACCUGAAGAAAACUAAAAUCCCUACGUUUCUGAGAAUGGUCAGACCGAUUGCAAAUUCGAACGGAAGUCCAAUGAGUCUUCGUCGAGGAAACAGCCUGCGGCUACCGCCAUCGUCAUUGGACGGAAGAGAAGCAGAACAGGGGACGCAGCUGCGUCGCGGCGGAUCGUUGCGAGUGUCGCGCACAACGGAUCAUCAAAAUUUGUUGAAUGUGCCAUACGCUGCUGGUGCUGAAGCAGGUUCGCCCGGGAGACCAGCCAGGCAUUCCGCACCUGCGAUUGCCGCACCUGCGCCCGAACUCCUGGCACGGAGUCUGUUGCAGCUCGGAUGUCCAGUAGUCUCCAUGCCUGAACCUCGUGGCGGAGUCGGGUCGGAGCAUUUACAAAGCAGCGACAGUGAUGACUCCUCGACGACGCAUAGUCACCAUGGGAGUACUCAUGGCCAAGGUCAUCAUCAGCAGGGUCAGUCCCAAAAUCAAAUCGACAGCUUUGGGCUUCCCAAGGUUCACGUGUCCGGACCAUCCAACUCCAUGGAUUCUGACUCUAUCCUUAAUGGGUCUGCGGGGUCCAUAGGUGCACGCUCUGCGCCGAGCACACCCUUACAAGGUGUCGUAACUUCUCAUGGAGGUCAGCCACAAUCCAUUGGCGAGGGUCAACUUGCCGUCGCCGGAAGUAAUAAUUCUCAACUACCACCACCGAGGAGUCCGAGUCAUACAACAUUAAGAUGCAGUGAUAGUCAUCUUGCCAAACCAUUAAGCAGGAGUACACCAUCGAUGACGGGUGGGACGACGCAGACUCCGGCGACGGUCAGCAGAUCAUCGCCAACGUCAACAAGUAGCGCCAGACAAAAGAAAUUUCACAGACACUUUGCCCAGUCUUCCAAAUUUUGCGACCAGGUCGCCGCCGACGAACGCGUCCUCAACUACUACAGCUGCGCCUUGGUCGGCGAUAUCCUGCUUCAGGGUCAUCUCUACAUCACGCCAAACUACUUUGCCUUCUACAGCAACGUAUUUGGUUACGUAACGAAGCUCCUGAUACCCACAGUUUCCGUGCAGAAGAUCAGCAAGGAGAAGACAGCGAGGAUCAUACCCAACGCAGUGGCCGUCACCACUGACGACGAGAGGCACGUUUUCUGCUCCCUCCUGUCCAGGGACUCGACGUUCAAACUGAUGAAGCAGGUCUGGGACGCGGCUAUAGAAGCAAGACCGGUCGCUGACAUCCUUCCGUUACCCGUCGAGGGAAAGCUCUUGGCGCCGGUUACGUUGCUGGUCGACGACUCUGAGGUCAAUCCCGAGGAAGACGAUUCGAGUAUGUCAGAAAGCGGUACCGAUCUUACCUCAAGGCCACCGACCGUUUGUACGGAUACCGAUGGUCACUCUGCUAGCAUUCCAAGGCCCAUUUUGCCAGUCACUAGGUGCAGAAUCGACCAAGCCAAUUUAGCCAAAUCUGUUUCAUCCACGAGGUCCAACUCGUUGAGUACUACUUUUUGGGGUGGACUUAGGUCCAGCACUGUUAUAGCCAUUUUGGUUGCUAUUCUUGCUGCUCUCUACGUCUCAGCAGCCCUCAUGAUGGUUCGCAUUGACAGAUUACACACGGCGUAUCUGAAUCAUCCUCUUGCCUCACCUGAGCGUUUCACGCAGGAUCAAUUGCUGCAGUAUCUUAACUCAAACCUGGAUCAGAUCGUCAGGGUAAGACAGAGUCUACAGACGUUAUCGCAGCAAUUCGUCACGAUGACCUCAGACAGCGAAACGGGCCCAGUGGUUUCCGGUGGGACAGUGGAACCGGAAGAUGCUUCGAGUUAGCCCCCAAGAACUCCAAAUAAUCUAAUUCUACCAAAUAGAACGAGCCCCUCCUCGCCUUCCUAGCGUAUGAAGCGCCUGCCACGUAAAACAAAAGGAUAUUAAAAAAAAAAAAGAAAUUGCCGCCGUCGUCGUAUUCAUCGAACGUGCACCGUCGCUGCCGUUGAAAACAGAAGCGACACUGUCACGUAGCUCGUGAUCGAUGAGGACUACGCUUCGAGUUCUUCGAUUAGGCAUCAUUAAAAAUUACCACCUAGACUUCCGUGUCGAAGUUGGGCAGCCCGCUAACGGGUAGUAAGCAGAAUUUCAACAGGAUAAGCAAAAUCCAGUAAACGAUAUAAACAAAUAAGAAAGGCUCAUCCUCAAGUGGUGAAAAAAAAAAAAUUGUCCUGAGUAUUAGAUCGUGUUCAUGGAUUAGAUUUUAUUAGACGCUUUCGACAGAUAUUACGAUAUAGGACAAUUUUGAACGCCGACUACCCGACUGCUGGUGGGGAUUUCCUCCCCUCUUUUUUUCUUUUCCUUUGUUCCGUUUUUUGAACUAGUCAUGAGUACCUCCCGCCCUCGAGGUACCAGAAAUAUUAAUGAUGAAAUAAAUAAUUAUAAAUGUGUAUAUACUAUAUGAUAUACAUGUAAGCAAUACACAUUUUGCGACUACCUGUUCAAUAUUUAUGUAUUUGCUGCUAGUCGGGCAUUACUACUGCUACAGGAGUACUAUCAAUUUAUGAUGUUAUUCUUACGUAAUGUAUAAUAGUUUCCGGGAAUGAUAGCACGUGGUCGCCUAGCGACUCGCUACUUGGUUCGUCGUUCGUUGUAAAUUUUUUGUGAUUACAAAGUAUUCGUUUUAAUGUUAUUAGUCGGCUAAUUGUUUCCAUACGAUUUUCAGACCUCGCACUUUCCUCUUGUCACGAUUGGCGACGAACGAUGGACCAGGUCGCACCUGCAUCCUAACGCACGGAACGAGAGGUAUUUGAAUUAAAAAACAAAAGAGAAACCAAGGGUGAAAUCGAAAUCAAAUAGGAAAACGAGAGGAAGGCGGUUGACUGUGAUAAUAAGAUUGAGAAUUUAGCUCGAGCGAGAGUGGAUGGCCUCUUGACCUUUGAACAAAAAAUUACACGAGAUUUGGAUACAGAACAAGAGAGAUAAGAAGAAAGGGUAAAAUGGAUUUGAUUAAGUAGAAGGAGGUCACGGCUUGCCGUAGCUCGACAGGGGAUCUAAGAAAAGUGCUGUUAUAUUAAUUAGCUAUAACGAUAUAAUUGUAUUUAGAUUUAUAGUGAAGUUACCUUAUAUGUUGUUACGAUUAGUUAUCAAAAGUACAAUAUACCGCUUAGCGGUUAUUAUCGGUUUAUUAAUUUUACGAUUAUCUUACAUAAGUUAUCUUAGUCGUUAUCGAUAAAUACGUAUACCGCAUACAUACGUUUACCGCUAGUUUUCAACUUGAAACUUCUCGUUUUGUUUUUGUGAAUCAUUUAACGUGAUUUUGUUGAAAAACGGGUGGACAAGUUUUUUAAAUUUUAAUAACGUCUCGAGUAAGAAGCUUUCCCCAAAAUGUUUUAUUAAUAUUGUAUAUAUUCUUGUGCUCUUUUUUUUUUAUUUUUUUUUUUUUAUAAUUUCUUAUGCGAUUCUUAUACACUUUCCAUGUACCCUCGUUUUUACCUUCUUCGCCGAAUUUUUACUGAAUGCGUUCAUCACGCGAUUUCCAUAGCGUUUCUCGGCGUCAACGAGAAUAUUCACGUCCGAGUUUUCUGAGCCAUUCGAAAAAUGUUACGUGCCAUAAUAAGCGGUAUACCAAAAAAUAUGUGGAUUCAUGGAAAGAACACCUUUGCGCUACGUAAAGUGACGAUAUCACUGACGCCAUAGGACAGCCAGAAGUCAUUGACGAAUGAUCGCUUUUUUGCUCGGGCAUCAAUAAAAUUCCAAUGUUUUAGUGUAAUUUUAAGGGUUCGCACGAUGCACAGCAGAAAAUAUAAAUUGCACCUACUCCACGGUGUCCAUAGGUCCCAAUGGAAGCAGGAAACGUCACUUUGUGUGCGUCUAUCAACGAUUAAGUGAAACUAAGGAGAUAAAAAAAAUGGCGCGACAUAGAAAUACUUUUGGGCACGAAAUAUUUGUUUCCUUAUUUAAAAAAAAAAAAAAAAAAAAAAAAA